CUUAGGACAUGUUAAUUCUAAGAUCUCACACUUGUGUUUUUUCUUUGAACCCAUUCCAUUCCAUCUCAUCUCAUCUCAUCUCAUCUAGACUCUGAGAAUGGCGUCUACAAUUUAUUCAUCCAAGGAUAAUUCCAAGGAUAAUAACCCUCAUCGUUCUCAUAUUCCACGCCUUAACAUCGACGCGGCAAUGGCCUCUCAGCCGCCAUCAGCACCACCUUCUCCUAAACCAAACCCAAACAAUAGCAAUGGUAGUACUCCUCCAAAAUCUAAGGACCCCGGAAAAGAUACUUACCGCCUCCUCUCGCACAACGAGUGGGUUCAGUUCUGUCGAGGCGUUGGUGUAUUCAUGGAUGAUGAGAGCGAAGAGGUCAUCCGUCCAACCAGUACGCUGUGGCCGCCGAAGGGGUUCAGAGAUGGUUUGUACCGAGAUGUUCUCACCGAAAAGACCAAGUUCACGUACUAUUUUCAUUCCGUGGAUAUUGUCAGUUGGCUCUUGAUGCUUCUCCAGAUUGCAAUGGGUGCCGUCUUGACCGCUCUUGGAUCAGUACCAUCGAAGAACGGGACAGCAAUCACUACUAUCGCUGCGGUCAACACCUGUGUCGGCGGAAUUCUCGCCUUGCUACACAACAGUGGCCUGCCAGCCCGGUAUCGUGCAGACAGGAAUGAGUUCUAUAAGCUCGAAGAACACAUAAAAUCUAUCGUCGACACAGCCCUCGUGCCUGUCGAUCAGGACAUCAACGCGGCCCUCGCUGGCUGUUACGAGAAAUUCCGCCACGCGAGACAGACUGUCCAAAACAAUAUUCCGGCUUCUUAUACUACCUCCCCAACUAAUGAUAAGGCACCUAAUGCUGGGAUCUCGAAGGUGAUUGAGCCUAAAAAAUGAAGUCGGUGAAAUCAGAUCAUUAUAUUGUUCGGCGACCAAACAGUUGCAUCUUUUCCAUCCUGGAAGCAUGUUAUUUUAAGGCGAUCUGAAUGUUCGAUUGAUGGAUUCUUACAAGUACCGCAUGUUAGCUUUUUGUUAGUCAGGUCGGGUUCAGUUCUUACGGAGGUGCGAUAAUGACUUCUAUGUCCUACGGAGCGGAGCGCGUCAAGGGUUAGCGUUACAAAUUUUAUAAGUAGAAAGGUCCAUUUUCGCUCAAGUAUUAAGAGGUAAGAGGCACAACUAAUAAAAGAGUAAUAAUUUAGA